UUCGCACACCGCUCGUCUCCCUCUCGCACACUGCCUCUGCUUUUGAUAUUUUCAUCUUAGGUGUUUGUCUCUGUCUCUCUCCCUCUAGUGUUGAAGGUCGCCUCUUUCUCUCUCUUCAGCUAACACCAUGUCGGACGAAGAGCACCACUUCGAGUCGAAGGCCGACGCCGGAGCUUCCAAGACCUUUCCACAGCAGGCUGGUACUAUCCGCAAGAAUGGUUACAUUGUCAUCAAAGCCAGAGCUUGCAAGGUUGUGGAGGUCUCAACUUCCAAGACUGGCAAGCACGGUCAUGCCAAAUGUCACUUUGUUGGAAUUGAUAUCUUCAAUGGAAAGAAGCUCGAAGAUAUUGUUCCCUCUUCCCACAACUGUGAUGUUCCCCAUGUCAACCGUACUGACUACCAGCUGAUUGAUAUAUCUGAGGAUGGAUUUGUGAGCCUGCUGACUGACAAUGGCAAUACCAAGGAUGACCUGAAGCUUCCAACCGAUGAAAGUCUGCUUACACAGAUCAAGGAUGGAUUUGCCGAGGGAAAAGACCUGGUUGUGAGUGUUAUGUCUGCCAUGGGGGAGGAGCAGAUCUGUGCCCUCAAGGAUAUUGGUCCAAAGUAA